CUCAGCCCCCCAUUGCUUGCGGAUUCAGUAGCCUGCCUCGCCUGGAAAGGUCCCAAACCCCCAUGGGCACGAGCUAUCUAGGCAGCUUAUGAAUGUCACUCCUCUCCACUGCUGUCGUCCUCUGCAACGUCCACUACCCGUCAGUGCGGGGUACGGUUACCGGGUAGCACGAGGGAAUCUGCCGCAAUGGAUAUGCGCAAGAAGAAGAGAAAGGUCCUCUUGAUGGGCAAGAGUGGCUCCGGGAAAUCGUCCAUGCGCUCCAUUAUCUUCAGCAACUACGUCGCCAAGGAUGUCCGGCGGUUGGGUGCGACCAUUGACGUCGAGCACAGUCAUGUCAAAUUCAUGGGAAACCUCACGUUGAACCUGUGGGAUUGCGGAGGGCAAGACGCAUUCAUGGAAACCUACCUCGCCUCCCAGCGAGGGAACAUUUUCUCCGACGUUGCGGUCCUUAUCUACGUCUUCGAUAUCGAAUCACGGGAGGUCGAGCGGGAUCUGGACACAUACAACUCCAUCAUCAACGCCCUGAAGGAAUACAGCCCCAAUGCCUACGUGUUCUGUCUCGUGCACAAGCUGGAUCUCAUCCAGGCUGAGCACCGCCAGCGCAUCUACGACGAACGGUCCGCCCUGAUCCGCAACCGUUCGGAGCAUUUCACCAUCGACACCUUCGGCAGCAGCAUCUGGGACCAAUCGCUGUACAAAGCCUGGGCCGGCAUCGUCCACAAGCUCAUCCCCAACCUCACGGUCAUCGAACGCUUCCUGCAAGCCUUUGCCAAGCGAAUUGACGCCGAGGAAGUGAUCCUGUUCGAACGCUCCACCUUCCUCACCGUGACAUCCGUCUCUUCCGAAAUCGGAGACAUGAACCCCAUCUACGACCGCCACGAACGACUCUCAAACAUCAUGAAGGCCUUCAAGCAUUGCGCCGCCCGGAACACCCACACCACUCCCGCAUCCGCCGGCUUCGUCGUCAUGCAUACCAAGACCCCGCAAUUCAACGUCUUCCUCGGCCGCUUCACCGACAACACGUACAUCUUCCUGGUCGUACCACCCGGCGAGGCCGCCUACAACUGCGCUGUCUUGAACACAAUGCUCGCCCGUGAGGGGUUCUCCAAAGCCGCCACCACCGGCCACGGCGACGGAUUCCCCCUCCUCGCCGCCGAAUCCCCCGACAACUCCACCCACAACAAUAACAACGGGAUACACUGAUUGUCAGGCCUAAAACUCCCCCCUUCCAAACAACCUCCAACACACCCACCACGUCUAGACACCCAAAAACCAAGGGUCCACAACCCCUACCCCCCAAUCCGAACAUCAAUAACCAAACCAAACCUCUAUGCGUUGCGAUGUUCGACGCUCUG